GAGGCGGGGCCGUCUCCCGGGCAACCCGAGGGGGCCGCUCGCGGCCUAGUGGAAAAUGGCGCCUUUCUGAUCCCGCCUCCGCGUUGGCCUGAUUUCUGACGGACUGUGGGCAAGCUGCCCAGCCCGGGAGGCCAAGGGACAGUGCCUGGCCGCGGGGGUCCCGUAUCUGCCGCAGCUCUUAGCGCAGUGCUUGGCACAUAGGAACGACACCCAGGCCGUCGUUCCGGAGCCUGGAUGGUCAUUUAAGAGCAUUUCUGACAUCUAGAUGGCUCCUACCACGCAACCCCUGGCAAGAAAGAUCGUCAAAGGAAUUAUAGCUUUCGAAGUGGCUGGAUUGGCUGGGAUGUAUUUGUUGUUUCACAAGAUGAACACAAAUCAAGAUUUCCGGCACACAAUGAGUAAGAGAUUUCCCCUUAUCCUAGAAGUUUAUUACAAAUCCAAUGAAUGGUCUGGAAUCCGUGGAAUCAGAGAGAGAGAUGAAGAAAAGUGGUUGAACAACAACAAAAACUAGAAGCCCUGUGAUUUGAACUUCCUCUUCUUCUGGACAAUACUCUUCACGUCCCUGUUGUGCAGCCAGUCAUCUCGCUCCGCUUCCCAGCGAAGCUGUUUGAUAUCUUCGAAGAGAAGGAGGUUCAAGAGGUGAAGAAGAGGAGAAGACCACGGCAAAAUGGGGACAGUGGACUUUGGUGUAAUAAACUACUGCUGACUAAAUCACGGGUCAACGGUCAAA